AAACUGAUGCAAGCUUUGCUAUAUUUUUUACAGAAAUUAUAAGAAGUUUAAUUUUAAAAGAUAUUUGUGGUUAAUGCAAGAAAUAAAUGUCAUUGAUGCCGCAGUCGGAAUUUUGGCCGUUUGCUAAAAAUAAAGCUAGCGAAGAUGUCGACUAUAACGGGGAGGCUUCGUUACUGCAAAAACAGUUGGGGGAUAUGGAAGGUGAGGUCAAGGAGAUACAGAUGGAGUUGGCAGCCAUAAAGCGAGACCGCUUAGAUCUUCAUCAGAGGAAACAAACUAGGGAUCCACUGAUGAAUUCAGAAGAAGCUACAAAAGAUACUGUACCAUAUACUGAAACUAGAAUCCCAGAAGAAUUAGGGAGGUAUCCUGAGAUUUCGAAACUUCGAGAGGAGCUUAUCAGAGCAAAAAAUGCUGCCGAUGAAGAGAGGUUCCAAAGAGAGAAAUAUGAAACUAAACUAAAAGAUUUGGAACUCAAAUUGAACAAUAUUUGCUGCGCUGAACUUGUAGCUGAGAAAAAGGAGCAUCGGAAAUUUUCCGAGGAGGAGGUCAAUGCUAUGAAAAUACAGAUUAGAGACAUGAAAGAGGAGAUGGAAGAAAUGAGAAUAACACUUGUCGAAAAAACUGAACAGCUGCAGGAAUAUCGAGUGAAGUAUCUUCAAGCACAACAACAGGUAGAGGAAUUGAGAAGACAAUUGGAUGUCAUAGAGUAUGACAAUAAACAAGUUUCAGAUCAAAUUCAAAUUGAAAUACAAAAAAUGAAGAUGCAGUUCCAAGAAAAACUUCAGGAAUUGGCUCCUUUACCAGAUCUAUUGAAAGGCGCCCAGAUUCAGUUGCAAGAAGCCAAGCAAAUGCAGAGGCUAGCCGAAGAUAGCUCCCAGCAAUUAUCUAACGAGUUGCAUCGCGUAAAAGAAAAGCUGGUGGUAGCCGUGAAUAAUUUAAACCAGGAAAAAGCUGAUAGAGUCAAAACACACGACGAAAAUAAGGUUUUGAAAGUAACGUUGGAUGAGAAACAAAAGGAAGUCGAUGAUUUAUCAAAAAAUGUAGAUGAUUACAAGUGCAAAAUACUGCGAUUGGAAGAGAAGCUAACUCAACAGGAUAUCCGAUUCAAGGAGAAAUCAACGGAGUGCAUGACAUUACUGAAGGAUCUGGACGAGUUGAGAAUGGAGAGCAGCCGGUCGUUGAGCCGGUGUAAGGACAGAGCGGACUCCAUGAGGCGGUACCUUCAGACACAGAUAUCUGAGAUGGAAAGGCAGCUGAUCCAGAGCCGAGCACAGUGCAGAGCAUGCCAGAAGGAAAGAGAUGAGAUUCGCCAACGGAUGCAGAUACAGAUAAAUAAUCUUCAAGAAAACUUUGAACUGGUGGAAAUUCGGCUGCGGGCACUCCAGAACCAGGUGUCUUCCCUCAAGAACAGCUACACAGUGAUACUAGCUGACGAGGACGACGCGGCUGACUUCAAUAAAAUUGCGACUAGUUCAACAAAUUGAGUUUCAAGUGAUCAUUAUUAUUAAAGUUUUAUUUUAUACCUGCUGAAUU